CAAGACCGGUCUCGCUCAAGGAAACACGAGUUAUGUACUUCCCAGUCAUUGUCGAUGUAUUAGCGCGAUAUAUCGUCGCAAUGGUGCAUAAUUAUGUAGUGUUUAUUAGUGUGUUUAUCGUGACCACGGUGGCUCAACAACAUCCAAUAGUCUCUCCCUUUGUACAGGCUCUACAUCCUAGGGGGCUUAAAUUUGUAGUUUCAGAUGACAACUACACAAUGGUCAACAUAUACGGGUCCGUAAACCAGGAGAUACCCAAGUUUCAACCAGGCCACCUGCAUCUGUGCAGCAUCAGGAAACCGAAUAAAGACUCCAAGAGCAAAGCCUGGGUCCUGAGGGACAACACCGUGUCUCUGAAGAUAGGGGACCGGGUGUACUUCUGGUUGUCUGUCUUCAAGGAUGAUAAGGAGAUCCGGAAGAUGAACGAGGAGUUUAGGGUUUACCAUAUCUACAACGAGGACGGCACAAAGCACGUAAACAAUCCACUACUAGAAGCUGAACCUGAUACGGAUGUGGAUGCCUGCCUCAACCGCGAGUGUGAGGACUCGUGGACCGAGGUCCAGGGUCGAGUGGCCAUAUGUAAGGGAAACCUUGUAUUCAAUGAGGACUUCUCUAAAGCUAAGAGUGGACUGAAGAAUUGGACGCCUGAGGUUUAUUUUCCUGAGGGGCCGGAUUAUCCAUUCAAUGUUUAUACAGUCGGUGAAACCUAUAACACCGUUAACGGGAAGCUUGUAAUAAAACCUUUGUUACUUGACAACUACUACCAUGAAGGUAUGGUGUUUGAAGAAUUGGAUCUUACCAAAAUCUGCACCGGCCGACUAGACACCACGGAGUGCGAGCGACACGCGGGUGGCGCCACCAUCCUGCCUCCGGUGAUGACGGCCAAGGUCACCACCAGGCAGAGGUUCAGCUUCAAGUACGGCAGAGUCGAGGUGCGGGCCAAGCUGCCUAAGGGGGACUGGCUAGUGCCUGAGAUAAACCUGGAGCCCCGCAGCCACACCUACGGCAACGGUCGCUACGUGUCAGGCCUCAUCCGAGUCGCCUUCGCUCCGGGCAACAGCCACCUCGCCAGGACCCUGCAAGCUGGGCCCGUUCUGUACAGUGAGCCCCCGUUCAGGACUGCCCUGGUGCGGGAGAAAGUCGGCUCUGAGCAGUGGUAUAGAGAGUAUCAUAACUACACAUUGCUUUGGGAUAGAGAGGGCAUAAAAGUGUACGUAGACGGUGAGAGCUACGGCGACGUGGCCAUCAACAGCACUCUAAUAGAGCAGGCGAAGGCUCAGGGCGUGCCGGCUGACUACGCAGAGCGGUGGACCUCAGGGACACAACUGGCUCCUUUGGAUGAACUGUUCUACAUAUCUAUAGGACUUGGUGUCGGUGGGUCCAAUGAUUUCCCGGAUGAGCCUGGCAAACCUUACAAGAACCACGAGAUCAAGGCAAUGCUCAAGUUCUGGGAGGCCAAGGAUAAAUGGCUGCCUACUUGGGAGGAUGCGAGUUUAAAAGUUGACUAUAUCAAAGUUUAUGCUAUAUGAAUUA